AUGUCGACAGAUACAAUUCAAAGGUCAAUAUUUAAAAUGAAUCCUGAUUUUUGGCAUCAAAGAGCUCAUCCAAAUAAUGGAAUACAGAAUCUAAGCAUGACUUCUGAUUCGAAUUUGGGUACGCAUCAAUCUACGACGGAAGACGUUAAAUAUUCACAAAUGAAAGAAUUUAACGAAAUGAAAGAAUUUGCCGAUAUAAAAAAUUACACACAGAAAUUUGACGAUUUCAAAGCUUACACGGAAAAAAUGUACACGCAACAGGAAAAGUACAAUACGCAAGUUGAAAAAUUUGAAAAAUUUACAAAUAAUCAAGAUAUGAACGAUGUUGACAAGGUAGCUCAACCCAGGGCGACUCCGAAUGAUUCGGCUCAAAACUUGACCGCCGGUCCCGAUGGUUUUAAACCAACGGAACAAUUUACUCAAAAUGCAUAUAAAUUGCCAAAUAGAACGGGACCGAACACUCCAGAAGUGAGUUCUCCAGCAUCAUCUCUAUUGCAAAAUUUAAGCACGGAACAAUUAAGAAACAUACAAUCGACUUUGGCAAAUUUUGGUCAGACGACCAACGACGUUCGAAACAUUCAAGCCAACGCAAUACAAAAUUUGAGCACCCACAUACAAAACGUGUUACCACCCAACACCCUAUCACCGAACGAAAUAAGAAAUCUUCAAUCGUUGGCCAUAUCAAAUCUCUCAUCUCAGGUUCAAACAAUGACGAACGCAAAUUUAAAUAUGGGAGAUAUAAGAAAUUUAACGACCAUCGCCGUACAAAAUUUGACCAAUCACAUAGAAAAUUUGAGGAACCAAAGUGCUAAUUUGACUCCGAACGAAGUUAGAAAUUUGACAACCGUAGCCGUUAACAAUUUAACUAAUCACAUACAAAAUCUCAAUCAAAUGAGUCAACCGCUUCCUUCUGGAAUAUCCGCAAACGAAUUGCCGAGAAAUUUGGCGGCAUUUCAACAACUAACAAAUCCCGUACAAACAAAUUUAGACAUAAGAAAUUUUACAAACAACCUAUCAGCAAUGCAAAAUUUAUCAAGUUUAAGUGGAAUGAGUAAUAAUAUAGCUGCGGUGAGUGCGGUACUAUCGGCUGCUGCGGUUCAACAAGCCGCUUUAAGUUCGCAAAACGCAAAUCAAAAUGUGCAAAAUAGUGAAAAUCAACAACAGUCUGACGGAGUUGAACCGGAAAUAUCAAACGGUUCUAACAACUCCGGUUCGGGUGCCAAUGCGGCAGCUAACGGAGGUGGGACUGGAGGUAGCACGGUAGGACCGGGACAAAAUCCUGGUACCGCUGCCAAUAAUGCUGCCUCCAACGUUAUGGUUCCUACCGGAUCUGGAUCCAACAGCAACACGGAGAAAGGCAACACGAGUCGAGAUUUGAUAAUACAAGAGACAAGUUGA